AUGCUGAGUGAUUACCGAGUGAACAAGGGGGCGCUCCCGCCAAGCGAGAAGCUGGCGAAGAAUGCGGAUUCGUCCGACCGGGGGGAGGGGCCCAGUGGGAACAACGAAGACAGCGACGAGGAGAGCGACCUGAGCGUGAGCGUGGGACGGGGCGGCGGCACUCGACCGAGAGGGGACAAAGCGGGGCCGGCGGCGGCGGCAACUGGAGGAACCGCCGCUACCAGUGGAACCGCCACUACCCGUGGAACCGCCGCUAUAAGCGCAACCGCCUUAAGCGCCGCCCCCCGCGGGAGCGCCGCUUCGCAUGGAAGGAAAGGCCCCAACGACGUAAAAAUUUUAGUGACGAGCGAUGAGCCCCUGCACACGCUGCCAUCAGGUGCCGUGGGGAGGAGGGCUCCGCUGAACCCGUUUUCAUCCCCCAUGCUUGGAAAGUACAGGAGAAAAAACAGAAACGCAAAAAUGAAGGUGAAAGACCCAAGACUUAACAAUAACCCAUUGGUAGGAAGGUUAAUCGUGUGCAUAUCCUCCACGGCCAUCCUCUUCUGGGUCUUCUUCGCCGAAAUGAUUUUCAAUUACAAUACAUUUAAUGGCAGAUGUAUAUCGAAGGUACUCUACCCAAUCUACACAGAAACGGUGGUGAAGAAGAGAGAGCCUUUUUUUGUGUUCCUGGGUUAUGGAGCAUGCGAAUAUAACUUAGAAGAGUCUGCCUUCGAUAGGCACUUCAUCGGAACGAGUGCAUCCGACAAAGGAUGGCCCACAAAUAAAGUUGAAGAAAAUCCAGAUGGAAGAGGAGAGUCAAGUUGGGACAGUGUAAACACACGUGUGUAUAAUCAGUUAGGAGGACUUAACACAAAUUACAUACGAAAUUAUGGAGAGUUAUAUCGUCUUUUUUGGUCAGUCUAUCUACAUGGAGGGUUCAUGCACAUCAUAUUUAAUGUAAUCUGCCAGAUACAAAUCCUCUGGAUGAUUGAACCCGACUGGGGGUUUCUACGAACGAUGAUGCUGUUUUUUACAUCUGGGGUGACAGGCAAUUUGUUAUCUGCCGUAUGUGACCCAUGUGGUGUAACUAUCGGGUCGUCAGGUGCACUAUAUGGAUUGAUAGGAGCUCUCUUCACCUAUUACAUAGAAUACUGGAAGACCAUUCCGAGACCCUGCUGCGUCUUGAUCUUCAUGGUUAUUGUAAUCAUUUUUGGGAUUUUCAUUGGUAUGUUUGGAUACACAGAUAAUUAUGCCCACAUGGGUGGUUGCUUGGGGGGCAUCCUCUAUGGCUUCGCCACCAUUACGACUGUCUCCGCAGCGGAUAAGUGCACCCUGGGGGAGCGCAUGCUCACGUCUCCUCCCUUCUCCUGGUUCCUGUCUUCCGAAACGAAGGAACUCAUUAACGCAAAAGCAAGGGAGAAAAAAAUAAGAGGAGAAAAUUAUAGGAAAAAGCAAAUUGCUAAUAAGGUACAUAAGGAGGACGCUUUCCACGUUGUGAUGUCUCUCAUGAAGAACAGAAUCAAUGAGGACGGAAGACCUCCAUGUAAAAUGAAACUGCGUGAGUGGGUCGUCCGGAUCACUGCCGCGUCGGCGCUCAUCAUCCUUUGGAUAGUGCUGUUCGUCUACCUGCUGAAUGAAACCGCCUACAAAUCCUACACCCCCAUGGGCCAAAUCAAGUUCACCGGCGUCCACACCUGCUUCUGCUGCGAGGUCGCCAAGGAGAAGUUCCCCUUCAUCAGCGUCGCCAACUUUUACUGGUGCUUCACCAACGAGGAGGCCACCAAGUACUACUGCGGGAAGUGA